AUGCCGCCCGCAUCCCAACACUUGAACAUGAAGCCACUGUUCGAUACCCCUGCAGACGAAGCUCCGCCGCCGUACGAAGAAAAACCCCGCACGAACCCGGCACCACCGCCCCGAGUGAGUCCAGGCCCAGGGCCGUCGUCGGGACCGCAGGUAGCUCGCCAGUUCCCGCCGGCCUUCAAUGUCUACUCGCAGAGCUUCAGCAGGACGAUGCUCCUCGGCGAGCACCAGCAUCAGCCGUUCUAUGGCUUGUCGAUACACAGUGGGCUGAGCAGCUCGCCGCCCAUUGUGCUGCACUCCGGGCCGUCAGACAAUUUCCCGCCGCUCGCGUCAGUAGAGUACCACAGCUUCAGCAGCCGGAUGAGCAUAACGCUGCCGCCUGCGCCGACACGUACUCCAGGUGGUGCGCCCAUCAUCGAAUUGGAAUCGAAAACCGACUUUCCUUCGUCGAGCUACAUUUUUGCCAUAGGCGUUGGACCGAAUUGUGAAAGACUGGAGCAGUUUGAAUGGAGAACAAGCUCUGGCGAAGCGAUCGCUGCGCUGGGUGGCCGAAGCAGGGGCUGGAAACUGGUCAGGUUGGCUCAGUCAGUACCUCAAAACGCCGGACCUGGAGCUUUCAGGGGAGGUGAUGGAAACGAAAUAGUCGCUGUCUGGACGGAUGCUGGAAUGAGCAUGACCAAGGAGGCCAAGUUUGCAUUCGUGGGCAGUGGGCUGACGGGUGAGCUGGGCGAACGGUGGGCAAUCAUGGCAGUCAUCUCUGGCUUGGCUAUCUUUGAGCGACAAAGACAGCGAAGGCGCAACAAUAGCUGA